UGGCUGUUGGCCCUGUGCCUUAGGCCUGCAUCGUGUCCUCCAGGAAGCUCUCCAGGAGCCUGCCAGUCGCACCCCCUCCAGGCUCACCGUGCGCCACCUCUCCUGUCCCUCUAGUGCCCAGGCCGGCUGAACUCCUCCAGACGCUAACCAGGGAACUCCACUUUCACAUCCCCGCGCAUGGCCCAGUGGCACAGUAUGAAAGGGGAGACAAAUCCUAGUGCUUCCCUCAUUGACACAACCAUCAAGAUGAGAAAAGAAACAGAAGCUAAGAAAGUGGUUUUAGCCUGGGGACUCCUAAAUGUAUCUAUGGCUGGAAUGAUAUAUACUGAAAUGACUGGAAAAUUGAUUAGUUCAUAUUAUAAUGUGACAUACUGGCCCCUCUGGUAUAUUGAGCUUGCCCUUGCAUCCCUCUUCAGCCUAAAUGCCUUAUUUGAUUUUUGGAGAUAUUUCAAAUACACUGUGGCACCAACAAGUCUGGUUGUUAGCCCUGGACAGCAAACACUUUUAGGGUUGAAAACAGCUGUUGUACAGACUACUCCUCCACAUGAUCUGGCAGCAACCCAGAUCCCUCCCUCUCCACCUUCUCCUUCAAUUCAGGGUCAGAGUGUGUUGAGUUAUAGCCCAUCUCGUUCACCCAGUACCAGCCCCAAGUUCACCACCAGCUGUAUAACUGGAUAUAGCCCUCAGCUGCAAGGUCUGUCAUCAGGGGGUUCCUAUAGCCCUGGAGUGACUUACUCUCCCAUCAGCGGUUAUAAUAAGUUGGCAAGCUAUAGUCCCUCUCCUUCUUCUCCAUACCCUACUACUGUUGGACCAGUGGAGAGCAGUGGAUUGAGAUCUCGCUACCGGUCUUCACCCACCGUCUAUAAUUCCCCUACUGACAAAGAAGACUACAUGACAGACCUACGAACUUUGGAUACUUUUCUUAGAAGUGAAGAAGAGAAACAGCACAGAGUUAAGCUGGGGAGUCCAGACUCGACCUCGCCUUCCACCAGUCCUACUUUCUGGAACUACAAUCGUUCUAUGGGAGAUUAUGCACAAACUUUAAAGAAGUUUCAGUAUCAACUCGCCUGUAGGUCUCAGGCCCCCUGUGCUAACAAAGAUGAAGCUGAUCUCAGUUCUAAACAAGCUGCAGAGGAGGUUUGGGCAAGAGUGACUAUGAAUAGACAACUUCUUGAUCAUAUGGAUUCAUGGACAGCUAAGUUCAGAAAUUGGAUCAAUGAGACAAUAUUAGUGCCAUUGGUACAAGAGAUCGAGUCUGUGAGCACACAGAUGAGACGAAUGGGCUGUCCUGAGCUCCAGAUAGGAGAGGCUAGUAUUACUAGCUUGAAACAAGCUGCUCUGGUCAAAGCUCCUCUCAUUCCAACUUUGAAUACAAUUGUGCAGUAUCUAGACCUUACACCAAAUCAGGAAUACUUGUUUGAAAGGAUCAAAGAACUUUCUCAGGGAGGCUGUAUGAGUUCAUUUCGAUGGAAUAGAGGUGGAGACUUCAAAGGACGCAAGUGGGAUACAGACCUGCCCACUGAUUCUGCUAUCAUCAUGCAUGUAUUUUGCACCUACCUCGAUUCCAGAUUACCUCCACAUCCUAAGUACCCUGACGGAAAAACAUUUACUUCUCAGCACUUUGUUCAGACACCAAAUAAACCAGAUGUGACAAAUGAGAAUGUUUUUUGCAUUUAUCAGAGUGCUAUCAACCCUCCCCAUUAUGAGCUAAUCUACCAGCGUCAUGUCUACAAUCUUCCAAAGGGCCGAAAUAAUAUGUUUCAUACAUUGUUAAUGUUCCUCUACAUCAUAAAGACUAAAGAGUCAGGAAUGCUUGGGAGAGUUAAUCUUGGUCUGUCCGGUGUGAAUAUUUUGUGGAUUUUUGGCGAGUAGUGGGUCAUUUAAUUCCAAACAUUUGGACUUUCUUUGAUUGAACCGGAAGUUGAAUCUAAGCAUCUCUGAGUCACUGCCUCUUUUGAAAUAAGAUACAUAUGUGUGUUACAGACUCUUUAGAUUUAAUGAAAAAUUAGCUAUUAUGAAACUUACUUGUAAAAGUAUGUCCUGGGCGCCUGAGUGGCUCAGUUGGUUAAGCGACUGCCUUUGACUCAGGUCAUGAUCCUGGAGUCCCAGGAUCG